GAAUGUAAUAUCUUAAGUUAACCUAAAAUCUAAACAUAACCUGAGAUCAAAGUGUAUAGUUCAAAAUUCAAAAUAGUAAGAGUUCUUUUUUUUAACAAAAAACGAAAAGUUGAUUCAAUACUGCCCAAUAUUUUGUUCAACAGCCAUGGACAAUCCUAUCGCAGAGUUAUCUAACCACAAGUCUCACAGAAGUCGACAUUCUGGAAGGAAAUCGGAAAAGAAAAAAAAUAAAAAACGGGACGAAAAUCCCGUAGCAGAAGAGUUAACAGCCAAGCAACGCAAUCCAAAAGCAUUUGCUUUCAAUUCGACUAUAGGUGCUGAACGUCGUUUCAGGAGGAAACAGGACCUUAAUACAAAAAAGCAACAUAUACCACUUAUUGAUAGGACGCCCAUAGAACCACCCCCCAUACUUGUAGCCGUUGUCGGCCCUCCAAAGGUUGGAAAAUCUACACUGAUAAGCAAUUUAAUUAGGUUAUUCACUAGGCUGCCGUUGACAGACAUUAAAGGACCUGUGACGAUAGUUACGGGAAAAAAGAGGAGAAUAACAUUCAUUGAAUGUAAUAAUGAUAUUAAUUCCAUGAUUGAUCUAGCCAAAGUAGCAGACUUGGUUCUACUACUCUGCGAUGCUAGCUUUGGCUUUGAAAUGGAAGUUUUUGAGUUUCUAAAUAUAUGCCAAGUGCAUGGCAUGCCUAGGAUAAUGGGGGUCUUGACUCAUUUGGACAUGAUUAAAAAAAGUAAAACUCUUAAGAACACCAAGAAAAUUCUCAAACAUAGAUUUUGGACUGAAGUGUAUGCAGGAGCUAAGCUGUUUUACCUUUCCGGCAUAAUACACGGUGAAUAUAUGAGGAAUGAAAUUAAAAAUUUGGGUAGGUUCAUAUCGGUUAUGAAAUUCAGACCUCUCCAAUGGAGAAUAACUCACAGCUACCUUCUGGGAGAUAGAUAUGAAGAUCUAACCAACCAAGAAUUAAUCAGGAAAAACCCAAAAUGUGAUCGAAAUGUUGCUUUGUAUGGGUACAUCAGAGGUGUACCUUUGAAAAAAGAAACAUCUGUACAUAUUGCUGGUUUUGGCGAUAUCAAGAUCCAAGACAUAUCCUACUUGCCGGACCCUUGUCCUUUGCCCGAACAAUUAAAGAAAAGAGCCCUGAUCGAGAAAGAAAAACUGAUUUACGCCCCGUUCUCUGGCGUAGGAGGUAUAGUCUACGACAAAGAUGCCGUCUACGUUGAACUUGGUGGUUCCCAUAGCCACACGAAGCGCGAAGAAGACGAAACCAACGACAUAGUCACAAACCUCAUCGACGCUCAAGAGCCGAUUGACGAAAAAAUGAAAUACUCCAAGCUGCAAAUCUUCUCGGAGGGCGAUAAGCUUACCGCAGAAGACUUGUGUGAGAAUGAAGAAGGAGGUUCUGAAGUGCAACUGUAUGAGAAACCAGAGAUAAAAUCUAGCGAUACUGAGUUGGAUUCUGAGUUGAAGAAGCUGAGGAAGAAGACCUUUGUUGAAGUUCAAGAUAGUGGAAGGAUACGGCGGAAAGUUGUAUUUGAUACGGAUGAUGCUGAAAGUUCUUCUGAGGAUGAACAAGGAAACAGUGUACAUGAUGAAGAUGAAGACGCAAAUUAUACAGAGUUAAGCGAAAAUAAAGCUAAUGAAAUCCAUUCCAAAAUCAAAAAUGUUUUGGAGGGACUAAAUUCCAGAGUUAAAAACAAGACUGUCAAUGCUGAAUCGGAAUCAGAAGAGGACCUUUCUGAUGAGGAAUCAGACAAAAGCGACGAUGAUUCAGAAACUGACGAAGACGAGGGAUUGAAAUGGAAGGACAACAUGAUGAGUAAAGCCAGGGAAUCUUUUUUGGACCGGCAAGCCUCUAACAAGAACCUAAUGAAGCUCGUGUAUGGUGAUUACAUUUCCAAACCUUCUGAAGAACAGGAGCAAGACAAAGAUUCAGAGGGAGAAGACAUUGGUGGAUUAUUCCGAAAAGUAUCGAGAGACCAACAGAGAGUCAAACAGAACAAGGACAUCAUGGACUUACCCGAGUCUUCGUUGCUUUUACCUUGGAAUGCCCCCAUGAAAGACUGGUUGGAGCCAGAAAACCGGGCCCUCAUCGCCAAUUGCUUCGUGACAGGUAAAUGGAAGGAGGACGAAGACGCCACCGAGUUACUGAAACUCGAUGACGCCGAAGAUCUAGACGACAUAGAUUCGGAAGUAUUCGGCAAUUUUGAAGACUUGGAAACCGGCGAAAAACACACCGAAGCCCCCGCUUCGAAACCGCCACAGGGAGAGAAACGCAAAAGAGACGCGACCAAUGAGAAAG